GUGAAUGCUGGGGUGUUAUGGGUAAUGUAGUCUUCUCUCGUUAGCUUUCACCUUUACUUUCAUUGUAGAGCAGCGUGUGCUCCUACAGUUCCCAACAUGUCCCUGAAAGUGUGACAGUCGCAAGAGUUGCCAUAUGACAAGUGAAUGUAUCAUUUACUUACCGCUUUGAACAUUUUAUGAAGAGUAGCAGAGGGACUUGAUUCCGGAGACUGCGACCUCUAUUUUAUCUCAGCUAGAGUCAGUUACUGCUGCUGCUGUUGAUCAUCAUCAGUGUCACUUGAUUUAACUGGAAUUUAUAUGUGAAAGCAGCACCACCAUGAGAUACCUCUGGCCCAAAGUGUGUGUUUUCGGUUCGGCAGCUUUUGGUUCUCUUCUGUGGUCACAGAAGAAGACCGAAUCAGACCACGCUGAAUCCACUUGCUCCUCUGCUGACACAGAUCAGAGCUCUCCUUAUGAGCUGAAAUUGGUCCAAGUCUUGUUCCGUCAUGGUGCCCGAACACCUCUGAAGUCCAUACCUGAUGUGAUCGAGGCCCAGUGGGUCCCGACACUAUUGGAGCCUCCUGCACACUGCCACAUUAACUAUGUGGUGACAGAUCUUCGUGGUGGCCCCAAGCCCCCAGCUCCUGUAGAAGACAGCUAUCGGAAGAACAUACUGACCGGUGGCACGUUCCCCGGUCAGCUGACCACAGUGGGCAUGCAGCAGCUGUAUGAACUGGGCAAGAGGCUGAGGAGGAGAUACAUUGAGGAGACCCACUUCCUCAGCUCCACCUUUAGCCCAGCAGAGGUCUAUGUGCGCUCCACUAACAUUGUGAGGACCAUUGAAUCUGCCAAAUGCCUGGUAGCAGGGCUCUUCCAGCAAAAACAAAAAGACCCUGUGCCAAUAUUAACAACAGAGGCAGAAUCUGAAAUCCUGUAUCCUAACUACCAUGGGUGCAAGCUGCUCAAAAUUCUCGGCAGCCACCGCUGGGCAGAGUCAUCCACUCUGCCAGACAUUGCAGCGGACCUGCAGAGCAUCCAGAGCGCGCUGGGCAUCGCCGCUCACCAGAACAUCGACUUCAUCCUCAUUAGGGACGACAUGGUCGCCAGAGAGACGCACGGUUUGCCCUGCCCCCCAGUGCUGGACAGCUGGAGGAAUAAAGUGGAGCAGAGAGCUGUGGACAUGAUCUGCCAUGUGUAUGAACCCAGCAAGAGGGAGAAUUUGCAGCUGUGUGUGGGCCCCCUCCUGCACACAUUGUUGGCCAACAUUGAUGAGAAACUUCAGGGCACCUCAUCAGAGCCGGACAGAAAGUUGUUCUUGUACUCUGCACAUGACACCACUUUGAUUCCCUGUCUGAUGGCUCUGGGGGUUUUUGACAUGCAAUGGCCACCUUACGCCGCUGACAUCACCCUGGAGCUACACAAACACCGGCAAACUAACCAGGCUUUCGUUAAAGUGUCAUACAUAGGCCAGGAUCUACUCGUCUCUGGCUGCAGUGGAGUCUACUGCCCCCUUGAGGAGUUCAAACAGGCUCUCUCAGGAUACUCACUGAGCUCUGAACUCUACAAGUCACUCUGUGACAACACAGAAGGCCUGAUCAAACCCUGAGCCUGCAAGAAGAAAAGCAUUACACUAACAGUAAUAAUCGUGCAUCAUGUUUUUCCAUCCUCACUUUGCACUCCAUCCAGCCACCAUCAGUCAUUAUACCUCACUGUCGGACUCAAGCAGGGGAAGCUGUUUCACGCACACGUCCUGGAUUACAGCCUGUUUUUAAACAUCUUUUAGUUUACAUCACUUUUGUUUUGUGAUUCCAAAUCCUCAUACAUCAUGCUAAUAAAAUGUUACAUAUAGACGAGUUAAUUUAUUGUUUACUGCAUAUUGAAGUGUGUUUUAAAUGAUUUUCUAUACACCUUUUGCUUUAAGUUAGAUGCUUUGUAGGGAUAAAUGAGCCAGGUAAAUUUAAAGUAAGGCUCAAAUGUACUAAUGUGGUGAUAAUGACAUCAAUGAAGGCACAGUGGAAUAAAUUAUAUCAAGCAGGCGGUUCAUUUUGGUAAGAUACAUUUCUUCUGAUCUUAUCGCAACGUAUCUAUAAGUAUAUAUAUCAGAGCACUAAAUUAAAUGUUAGAUUAAAAGUUAAAAUACAUUUUAAAGCUCCACUAUGUGGCAUUAAUUCCUACAUCUGAUCACUUAUGCAUUUUAUUCUGCCAGUUUGGUUGUUUAUGAUCAACUGUCGCAGUCCUUUCAUUCCUCAGGGGAGUAAUUUUCAUUUCAUGUACUGUAUUUAAUGUUAACAAAUACAGGAAGUGGGUCAUACAUCAGUAAAUGUUUUCAUAACCAUGUGCAGAAAGGGGAUUAAUCGAUGUCUACUUUCAAGAGUGAAUUACUUCCCAUACAUGAGAAUAAAGACCUGAGUGUUACUGUGUUACAAUAACACACAUUGUAUCACAUCAGCAGGACUUGUCUUUCACUUGCUGCUUAUAAUGUUAUGGUUUGAUCUGGUGAGAAAAUAAAAAAGGAUUUUGAUCUUA